AUGAUGAGAGGUUCUCCGACAUCUACAAAAUCCAGGAGACCGCAGACGGGCUGUGUCUGCAAGUGGAGGGGGGAGAAGGGCAGUAGGGUCGAAGGUAACAUUGGGGGGAACGCCUCAGCUGAAGGCCCCAAGGGCGAUGGAACAGCAAGCACAGUGAUCGCUGGUGUCAAUAUUGUCAUGAACCCUCACUUACAGGAAACCAGCCUGACCGAGGAAGCCUACAAGGGGGACAUCAAAGACUACAUGAAAUCAAGCAAAGGCAAACUUGCAGAGCAGAAACCAGAAAGAGGAAAGCCUUUUCUGGCAAGGGCUGCAGCACAAAUCAAGCAUAUCCUUGUGGAUUUCAAAAACGACCAGCUCUUUCUUGGUGAAAACAUGAAUCCAGAUGGCAUGCUUGCUCUUCUGGACUGCCAGGAGGAUGCUAUGACUCCACAUACGAUCUUCUUAGAGCUGGAGAAAUGUUAA